UCCAACUUUACGAUCGGAAAACAAUUGAGAGAAUCUUAACAAACUUUUUGGAUGGCAGUUCAACUUGGUGCCUCGUUCUAUGUAGCUGUUUUAGCGGUAGUAGCGGCGCAGUUUCUGAGGGUGACAUGGGGGUCGGCCCCGGCCCAUGAUGUAGCGGGCCACCCGGUGACUGCAGGGCCCGGGGUCACCAAUGGCACCGUGGGGAACGGGACGGCUACGGAAAUCCACGCACACCCACCGCCCUAUGAAAUCGUCUUCCUCUUCGGAUCAUGCGUAUUUGGAGCUCUUGUACGGACGCUUCUCCAGAAGGUACCGGUCCCUUACACAGUGGUCCUGCUCAUUCUGGGGGUCGGGCUAGGCUUGCUGUCGGAUAAGGUCCCUGAGAUCGGCGACUACACCACAUCGGUGGCCCACAUGGACCCCCACCUGCUCCUCCACGUCUUCUUGCCCGUGCUCAUCUUCGAGUCGGCCUUCGCCAUGGACGUGCACACCUUCGUCAAGAGCUUCGUGCAGGUCUGCAUACUGGCCAUCCUGGGGCUGCUAGUUGCCUCUGCACUGACAGCCGUUCUAGCCAUGUACGUCUUCUCCUACAACUGGUCCUUCAGCGUCAGUAUGAUGUUUGGCGCAAUCAUGAGCGCCACGGAUCCCGUGGCCGUGGUGGCGCUCCUCAAAGAUCUCGGCGCAUCGAAACAGCUGGGAACCUUAAUCGAAGGGGAGUCGCUUCUGAACGAUGGCUGCUCUAUUGUCUUAUCAUCGGUCUUCAAAGAAAUGUCCGUGCCAAACCACAAUUCGACUGCGUCCAGCGUGACCGUGUACUUCCUCCGCGUGGCCCUCGGCGGCCCCGCCUUCGGCUUCGCAAUGGCCAAGAUCACCACGGCCUGGCUCUCCUACAUCUUCAACGACGCCAUGGUGGAGAUUUCCAUCACGCUGGCCUCCACCUAUCUGACCUUCUACUUCGGCGAGUCGGUGCUGGGCGUGUCCGGUGUGCUGGCCGUGGUGGUGCUGGGGCUGAUCGUGAACGCUGAACGGACGGCCAUCAGCCCGGAGGUCGAGGUGUUUCUUCACAGAUUCUGGGAGAUGUUGGCUUAUAUUGCCAACACGCUGAUCUUCAUGCUCGUCGGCUUGGUCAUCACCAAACACGCCCUGGCCAACGUGGACCCCAUCGACUGGUUCUACGUCCUCGCUCUGUAUGUCGGCAUCAACAUCAUACGGGGUCUGGUCAUCGCCAUGUUCAGCCCGAUCCUGUCUCGUAUCGGCUACGGCCUGAGCUGGCGCAACGGAGUCAUCAUGACCUGGGGCGGGCUGCGGGGCGCCGUCAGCCUGGCCAUGGCGCUCCUUGUGUCCCAGUCUGAGGAGCUGGACUCGCAGAUGAUCGGCAGCAAGGUCUUGUUCCACACCUCGGGGAUCGUGGUGCUGACCCUGCUGAUUAAUGCUACCACCAUCCAGUGGCUCUUGAAGAUGCUGGGCAUGAGCGACAUUUCCGUACCGAAGCGGCUCGCCAUGGCCAACGCCGUCCGACGAAUCCAGGAGGGGCAAGCGCGGACCUUCGCCAUGCUAAAGGCUGACCGCUUCCUGGCAGACGCUGACUGGACCAUUGCCGUCAAGGCGGCUGAGAUCCACGAUCCCUAUAAGACCACAAGCGAAGAGGAAGGGUUGAGCAAAGAGGCAAUGAGUCUAGCCCAACGCUCUAGCGUCUGCCCCAGCUGUCACACCGACGUACCCAACGAACCAUCGCCAUUAGAAUACGCUGAGAUGAUGGACGAGGCCAGACUAAGAAUGCUGAAGGCUGAACAAGUGAGCUACUGGAAGCAGUUUGAGCACGGCAUGCUGUCCCGUGAAGCGGUCCGUAUGCUGGUGGGUUACACCGAGACCGCGGCCGACCAGGAAGACGGCUUCAUCAGUGUGACGGACCUGAAGAAGAACUGGGAGAUCAAGGGGAUCUACCCGUACCUGAAACUCAAACUUGAGGAGCUAAUCCGGGGCGGUAAGACCCAGGAGAUACCCGAUGCGCGCUUCGCCAUCUCCCGCGUCAUGUUCGCCAUCAGCAACCACGUGGCCUUCGAGGUCAGCAUCAUGGCCAUCAUCAUCCUCAACAUGAUCCCCAUCAUCAUGGCGUUCGUGGUGCAGGAGGACCACCCGUUGUACGUGCAGUACAAGCCAGGACUCAAGAUCAGCAACUACAUCUUCACCGUCAUCUACUCGUUGGAAGCCAUUAUCAAGGUGAUUGGCUGGCGCAAGUACUACAUAUUUAGCAACUGGAACAAGUUCGACCUCUUCAUUCUGAUCAUGUCCUUCGUCGACAUUAUUCUGGACGAGACCAUCGGAGACAACAAAGGGUUCAACCCCUCCUUGCUCAAGGUCGUCAAACUCAUCCGUCUACUCCGAGGUCUCAGGAUGCUCCGCCUCUUCAAGGUACUCAUACCGAAGCUGAUCAACUUCCUCAACGGCCGCAUCAACCUGCAACUCUCCCUGGGCUACGACGUGGGCAAGGGCUUCGUGCUGGGCGAAGAGGAAGUCAGCAAGCUCAUCGAUCGACUGGUGGACAACGACAGCAUCCUGGACUACCUCAAGAACAUCUCCGAGACCAAUCGGCUGGAAUGCAUCAGAGAGCUUGGUAUGUUACAACGCGUGCAUCCGGGGAUCGCCGUUUCUGUCAAGACCAGACAGUCCAUACGCACGGUGCUGAACCACUCACGGGACACCAUCCGGGAACUUCAAGGGGCGGGCUUAAUCGAUGAAGGCGAGGCUCACAAGCUAGAAAAGGUUGUGGAGAUCAAGAUGAAACAACUGAUGAACGCGCCGUCUAGUAUCCCACCUCCCCCGCCUGAAAACCUGCUGAAAAAUGUGCCUUGGAUCGAGGGCGACAAGAAACUCAUUGACUUCAUUAAGGCGCGUGCUGAGCUGCUACACUUUGACUAUGGGGAUGUCAUCGUGCGGGAAGGCGACAUACCAAACGGCAUUUACCUCAUUGUGUCUGGUCUCGUUAAGCUGUUCGGUCAGAGCGAGUACCUCGACCACGAACUGGCCAGCAGCCACUCCGUGACGGUGGCCAGCGGUCCCGGCCAUUUCGAGGACUAUCUCUCCGUGGGCAAUGUCAUCGGUGAAAUGGGCGUGCUGACGGGGAGACCGCGGAAUGCCACGGUCUCGUGUGAGACUGCUACACAGGUGUAUUACAUCAAUUUGGAGGACAUGCAGAUCGCAUUGGAGACCUUCACUCUACACCCGUCGCUGCUCUAUCGGCUGUGGCGCAUCAUUGCCAUCCGUAUUGCCACACCACUGAUGCUAGAGCAGAUUGCAUUCCAGGGUUGGACACAAGAAAAGAUCAAAUUACACCUAGAAAGAGGCUUCUUACCAGACUUGGAAGACGAAGGGUACAGCUUUGAAAUUGAAGACACGGUUGAUGACGUCAUUUUGAUUCAGGGAAGAGCAAUCGACGCUCACACCCGUGACGAGCUCGUCGGGCCCCACGUCAUCCCACGCUCCGUUCACCGCCUGACCUUCAAGAAGGACGACAGAAAUGAGCCAAAAAUCCUGGUAGUGCCCAACCAGAACAUAACCCUGCCGGUCCUGGACGGCAGGAUCAGCAUCCACGGCUCCACGGUCUCCGUCGCCGCCAUCCGCAGCAACCUGUGCCUCCGCCACGCCUCCCGAGUCCGUUUACACAACACGUCCUCCGGAAUUGGUGGCAGCGGUGGGAUCAACAGGAGGCCGUCCCGUACCAGCGCUAAGAAGAUUGAGGCUCCCUUACCACCCCCGAAAGGAGGCUUUCCAAUGAGGAACCUGGAGUCCCUGGAUCCUAUAGGGUAUCCCUCGCCGGUCAAAGGUCAGAACGGGAUGACGUACGUGGAUGAAGCUGUCUAGAGUAAAAAAAACUAUCCUGGUACCCCCAACGUCGCAAACCUUUCAGACACAGUCAAGUAGUGUCUGCGCUGUGGGACAUCGAAGUCGCAGGCUUGACAACUCCUAUAU